AUGGAUGAGCAUGUUGUUCAUUUUAAAUGUGUGUUUGAAGUGCUUAGACAAGAACAAUUUUAUGCUAAUGUUGCUAAAUGCACUUUUUGUGUCGAUGAAAUUAUUUUCUUGGGUUUUGUUGUGAGUUCAAGGGGCGUUGAGGUUGACAAAUCCAAAAUAGAAUCUAUUAAGAAUUGGCCAACUCCUAAAUCCAUUGGUGAUAUAAGAAGUUUUCAUGAAUUGUCUAGUUUUUAUAGGCGGUUUGUUAAGGGGUUUAGUACCAUAGCCACUUCUUUGACCGAGGUAAUCCGAAAGGAUAAACCUUUUUCUUGGGGUGUGGAGCAAGCAAAGGCUUUUGAAACUCUAAAACAAAUGCUUAGAUCUACACCAUUGUUGCAAUUACCCGAUUUCAACAAAAUCUUUGAAAUUGAAUGUGAUGCUAGUAAAGCAGGUAUUGGUGCCGUUUGA